AUGACAGGGCUCGGGGUCCUGACACUGCUGCUGCCUGCCCUGCUGAGCUGGGCCAGCUGCCACCCUGUCCCCGGGAGGAAGAACUUCAACAAGCUGCUGCUGAUCUCCUUCGAUGGCUUCCGCUGGGACUACGACCAGGAUGUGGACACCCCCAACAUGGACCACCUAGCCCGGGAGGGCGUGAAGGCCAAGUACCUAACACCACCCUUUGUGACAAUGACCUCCCCAUCCCACUUCACCACCAUCUCCGGUCGCUGGAUUGAAGAUCACGGAGUCAUUCACAACAUGAUGUUUAAUACAGAGACACAAUGGAAGUUCUCCCACAAAACGACACAGAACAAGACUGAGUGGUGGGACAAUGGUGUUCUCCCCCUCUGGAUCACAGCCCAGAGACAGGGGAAGAAGACAGCAUCAUUCCACUAUCCUGGAGGAGGUGUGAAGUACAAAGGGGAGGCUGUCCAGCGGUCCCUGGUGGAGUCUUACACUCACCCAGACAGCAACGAGACAGAGUGGAGGGAGAACAUCGAUAUUGUCAUGAGCUGGUUCACUAAGGAAGACUUUGACUUUGUGACUCUGUACUAUGGAGAGCCAGAUAACAUGGGACACAAAUUUGGGCCUGAGACGGAGAACAGAAGGGUGAUUAUUCAGCAAAUCGACAGAACCAUCGGGUACCUGGUGGAAGCCAUUGAGAGACACAGCUUGACCAACCACCUCAAUGUCAUCAUCACAUCAGACCACGGCAUGACCACAGUAAAAAAGAAGCCCAACGUCACUGAGAUCCUCUUGACUAACUACAUCAAGUUCAGGGACUUGGUCAAGUUUGAUAUCGUGGACUAUGGUGGCAUGGGGAUGCUCCUGCCCAAACCAGGGCAAGAGGAAGCCGUUUACCAAGCACUGAAGAAUGCACACCCUCACCUCAAUGUGUACAAGAAGGAGGAAUUCCCAGAACGCUUCCAUUUUGCUAAACACAAGCGGGUCCUGCCAAUAGUGAUGUAUGCCGACUCUGGUUAUAACAUCAAUGGGCGAUUUAUAAUAUAUUUCAACAAAGGAGAUCAUGGCUUUGAUAAUGCCGACAUGGACAUGAAGACCAUAUUCAGAGCUUUUGGGCCAGAUUUCAAGAAGAAUCACCUAGCUGAGCCUUUUGACAGCAUCCACAUCUACCCACUCAUGUGUAAGCUCCUGGGGGUUACCCCUGAACCCCACAAUGGCUCCCUGGCAGUCACCCAGGAAAUGCUUAUGGACUCAUAUGACCAGCAGCCAGGAGCGGAGACACAGAGGACAUUGGCUCUCCAAAAGACAGUGUUUGGUCUCGCGAUUGUCACAGGAGUUCUUGCAGUUCUGUUUGUUGCUAGCGUGACAUACACAGCCAUUCAUCGGAAAAAGAAGCAGAGAGCUGAUCAAAACAGCAAAAGUGAACCAAUCCGCCUGGCCCAGUUCUGA